AUGGGCGCGGCGCUGGGCAUUUCGACCGUGGCCGCAGCCGCGGCUUCGAUUCUCACGUCUGGAAGCGCAAGACGGAGAUGGGAAGCUCCUCCACCACCAACGACAAGUGGGAUGAGGCGGCCGGCGCCCUGCAGGCAAACCGAACCCGGCAAUCCAGAUGGGAUGGGGAUGGUGGCGACCUGCAGGAGUCUCAGGUGCCGGCGACGAACCGAUGGGCAGCAGGCACCUCGUCCCCACCGCCAGGAGCUGCGUGGUGGUGAUGCCGGAAGCGACAAGGCUCACCACGCCUUCGAGAAGAACACUGCCACUGCUGCUAAUCGCGAGUACUCCUCCUCUGGUACUAUCGUUCCUCCUUGUGAUGCUUGUCAGAUCUGCCAUCUUCCUGGGCAUUUCACUGUUAGGUGUCCUCAGGCUCUUUGUGAUAGAUGUAAGAAAAGAGGUCACCUAUCCUUUGUCUGCAAUGAGUUCUUUCCUUGGGAUUACACACCUGUGAUGUGUGCUUUUCAAACUAAGGGCCAGGGCUUCUUUUACAUUCCUGAUUACAGCGUGGAUAGGCAGAGUAGGGAUAACAUUUUCAACAUUGUUGUUACCAUUACUGAUGGCUCUGCUCAGACCAAAGAUAUUGAACAUGAGUUGAGUUUUUACGUUGGCCAGGGAUGGCGAUGCUCUGCUAGAUUCUUUGCUCCACAAAAGUUUGUCAUGAGAAUGCCGAACCCUAGAGAGGUUGACAGAGCUCUUUUUGUUGAAAAUAUUAAACUGAAAAAGUGUGGGGUCAGUGUCAAGUUUUCUCCUUGGUCUGAGGAUAUUGAUUCUGAGGGACUGUUAGAGAUUGCUUGGGUUAAGGUCGGAAAAAUUCCACCUAACAAGAGAUGUGAUAAAACUGUAGCUUAUGUGGGAGGCCUUGUUGGAAUUACUCUGGAAGUUGAUAUGUCUACCAUAAACCGCCCAUCCUCUGUCAGAGCUAAAAUCGGUUGUAGAUCGAUAGCUCAACUCCCUGCCACUGCUGAAGGGGUGCUUGCAGGACGUUUCUACAGGUUUACAUAUGAGGUUGAGGAGGUUUUGGGUGGCAAGUCCUGUCGCCUGCUAUACGAUGAUAAGGAGGGAUCUCCCUCUACUGAAAGUGAUGGGGACAAUUCCCUGCUCAUUGAAACAUUACAGAGAGAAAUUGAGGAGAAAAUGAAGGAUGGCAAGGGAGAUUCCUCCAACUGGAUUGUCCCCAGGAAUCCUGUUGUCAUGGAGAAAACUGCUCAAGUCAUUCAGAUUGUGGAGGUAACUGGUGAGGUGGACCCUGGGAUCAAGACUUCGUGCAGCUAUGUGGUACAACUCCCGUCCCCUGAAAACACUGAAGAGAUCAUUCUCACUCCUCCACUAGCAACUGAAGCCCCGCUGAGAUUCAGCAAGCGUAACCUUUCUGGAAUGCAGGACAAGGUGGAGGAUAAGGCCAAAAAAUGGCUAGUAAGAGGAAUCUGGAAGUUAAUUAGCAGAGCUUAUAAGAUAGGGGUAGAAAUACCCAAUGAUGAUUUCGUUGUUGUUGACAUUAUUAGAGAGCUUGAGUGCGCCCGAAAAGAAUUAGAUGAUAAAAAAGAAGAUAAUAAUGAUGAUAAAGAGCAGGAUAACAUGACUGUGACAAAUGGCUUAGGCAGGAAUACCCCUGUGAUAUUAGAGUGGUUAGACCAGGAAGAGCAUAUUUUUGAGCGUAUUUCUUCUGUGAAACCUAAGAAUAAAAAACAUAAUAAAUCCAAUAUCAAAAUUUCUAGGCCUGUGACUAGGAGUCAGAAAAGAAACAACACUGAGAAAGAAUUGUUAUGUAACCCUGCCCCGUCUCCUGGUAGGGUUACUAGAGCCAAAUUCCACAAAAAACGUUCCAAAUGA